AUGGCCACGAACGGGACCAAAGCGUCGGACGGCCACGUCCUAACGGAGACCGUGAGCGAGGCACCGACGAGCACGGCCAACGACAAACCCAAAACCCUGGUGGUGAAGGUGCAGACGAGCAAAAAGGACGUACCCGACCGAGAGACGUGGGGCGGGAAAUUUGACUUCUUGCUCUCCUGUGUGGGAUACGCAAUCGGACUCGGAAAUGUUUGGAGAUUUCCUUAUUUGUGUGGAAAAAAUGGAGGAGGAGCCUUCUUGAUUCCUUAUUUUCUGACCUUGAUAUUUGCUGGCAUGCCCCUCUUCUUUCUGGAGACGGCUCUUGGUCAGUACACGUCGAUUGGGGGACUCGGAGUAUGGAAGCUUGCUCCCAUGUUCAAAGGUGUUGGUUUGGCCGCUGCUGUUCUCUCCUUCUGGCUAAACAUAUAUUACAUUGUCAUCAUUUCCUGGGCCCUUUACUAUCUGUACAACUCCUUCACCACAGAACUGCCAUGGCAGACUUGCGGUAAUUCUUGGAACACAGACCGCUGCUACACCAACUACAGCAUUGCCGAUACUAGAAACCUCACCAGCGCUGUAGUGGAGUUCUGGGAACGCAAUAUGCACCAGCUAACCGAUGGCCUGGAGAAACCUGGAGAGAUCAGGUUGCCGCUGGCCAUCACCCUGGCCAUUGGCUGGGUGCUGGUCUAUUUCUGCAUCUGGAAGGGGGUCAGCUGGACCGGCAAAGUGGUAUACUUCUCAGCCACAUACCCAUAUUUUAUGCUGUUCAUCCUAUUUUGUCGUGGCAUCAGUCUCCCUGGAGCUAUUGAUGGAAUCCUUUUCUACAUCACACCAGACUUUGACAAACUAACAAAGUCUGAGGUUUGGCUCGAUGCUGCCACUCAGAUCUUCUUUUCCUAUGGACUGGGAUUGGGGUCUCUGAUUGCACUGGGGAGCUACAACCCUUUCAACAACAAUGUAUACAGAGAUUCUGUCAUUGUCUGCUGCAUCAACUCCUUCACCAGCAUGUUUGCCGGCUUUGUCAUCUUCUCCAUUGUGGGAUUCAUGUCGAACGUGACAAAAAGACCCAUUGCUGAUGUGGCAGCCUCAGGACCUGGGCUGGCAUUUUUGGCUUAUCCCGAAGCUGUGACCCAGCUUCCAAUCUCCCCUCUAUGGGCCAUCCUCUUCUUCUCCAUGCUGCUGAUGCUUGGAAUCGACAGCCAGUUCUGCACUGUGGAAGGCUUCAUCACCGCACUUGUGGACGAGUUCCCUCAUAUUCUGAGGAAGAGGCGGGAGAUUUUCAUCGCUGUCGUCUGCCUUGUCUCCUACAUCAUUGGACUAUCCAACAUCACCCAGGGUGGCCUGUACGUCUUUAAGCUCUUUGACUACUACUCAGCCAGCGGGAUGUGUUUGCUAUUCCUUGUCUUCUUCGAAUGCGUCUCCAUUUCGUGGUUCUACGGUGUGAAUAAAUUCUACGACAACAUUGAGGAAAUGAUUGGCUACAAGCCCUGUGUGUGGUGGAAGGCCUGCUGGGUUGUUUUCACGCCGCUCAUUGUGGCUGGAGUGUUCCUGUUCAGUGCCGUGCAGAUGGUGCCCCUUACCAUGGGCGACUAUGUGUUCCCAGCCUGGGGCCAGGGUGUCGGGUGGUUAAUGGCCCUCUCCUCCAUGGUCCUCAUCCCUGGCUACAUGGGCUACAUGUUCCUCACUCUCAAAGGCACAUACAAAGAGCGUCUGAGAAUGAUGAUCAAGCCAGUGGUACUGGUGAAGACUCAGGAAAACGGUCCAGAGCAGCAAACGGAAAGUCAGAACCAGAACCCUGCCACCGAGGAGGCGUACAUCUAG